ACAGAGCUGAGGAAAGCAGCUCUAAAGAACAUAGAACAUUAGGAGAACGAGAGUGGGAUUCCAGAUGCCAGAAAAAGUCAAGGGAACACACCGUAUAGACCAAUAGAUCACUGAUCCCACUGCAUGGUUGCAUGCCCUACUCAGACACACAGGUCUUCAUUAUCACCAGUCUGGUCUGAACAACAAGAAUAAAAAAAUCUUCCCAAUGGCCAAUGACAGUUAUAUCUUGAAUUCAUGCAACUCCUCCGGCAGCAGUUAUACGGAUCCCAGGAUCGUGAGUAACCCCAUCACCACAUCCAUAGGAGCCCUUAUCAUGAGCAUAGUCUUCCUCCUUGGUGUCCCAGGAAACCUGUUCAUCAUCUGGAGCAUCAUGGUCCGCGCCCGCAGACGCUCCGUCACAACCAUCCUCAUCCUCAACCUGGCUUGCGCCGACGGCAUCCUCAUGUGCAUAAUUAUCUUCUUCAUCGUCUACCUGGCAAGGCGGAACUGGGACUUUGGUCUCAUCAUGUGCAAAGUCCUGUUCUAUCUGUGCAACAUAAACAUGUAUGCCUCCAUUUUCCUCAUCACGCUGAUGAGCCUGCACAGGCUGGUGGCGGUGGUGUGGCCCACGCGAGUGACACCCCAUGCCAGCAAAAAGAUAAUAGUGCGGGCCAUAGCUGUGCUCUGGGUCUUGGUGUUCUUGAUUUCUAUCCCUGCUCUGUUGUACAGAACAGUGGAGGAGAACGAACAAGGAGACCCAGACCAGAAACGCUGGGUUUGUAACUCUCAUCACAAUACGACUCAAGAGGUGGUGUUCCAGUACACCUUUGAGACAACAGUGGGAUUCCUGGUUCCUUAUGGACUUAUAGUGAGCAGCUAUAUCUGCAUUGUGAGACGCAUCAGACAGACCAAGUUUCGUCGCAAUGUCCGCAGUGAAAAACUCAUCCUGGCUAUCGUUGUAACAUUUGGCAUCUUCUGGUUACCCUUUCACAUGAUCAACAUAAUUCAGGUGGUGGCUACGCAGCUUAAAGAACCCAGCAUGAAAGCUAGACUAAAUGACAUAUGGAGACCCAGUCGGGCUGUGACCUCUGCACUGGCCUUCAUCAGCAGCUGUGCCAACCCUAUUCUCUACACGUUUGCUGGAAAGUCUUACAUCAGACGGGACGGAAUGGCCUUCAUGGCCAGGCUCUUUGAGGGGAUAUCGCUGGACUACGGGUUAAGGAAGGGUCGGCAGAAAAGAGAUAUUGAGGGAACAGGAAUUAAAGAAACUUUGAGUCUCAGCAGCACAGCAGAAAAUGCUGUGAAGAAUGGAAUUUAGACACAAAGAGUUAAGGAUUGUACUGCACAUACUGUACUAUUAACCCAUCAGGACAGCGCACUUCUGCACACAGACUGCUUAGAAGCCUAUUUACUGGCUGCUCCUCUAAUAGUCCAUACAGAAACAUCUGAAACAAUCCCUACAAUAUUUUGUAUAGGUCAUAGGUCACUGAUUCUUGAGAGUCGGGACAAAACAUGUCCCACAUAGAAAGGUCUAAUUUAUAUCAAAAAUGAAGAAAUUCAUCAUGAUUGACAUAUUUACAAAGUUACAUCUAAAUGAAUUGUAUAUACCAAUGUAAUUUUUUUCUAAUUGAAAUGUAUGGUAUGUGGUUAGAAGGUCUAUGUUAUUGCAAGAGGUCACAAUAUUAAGCAUCCCAAAAAACUUUUAAAAAGCUUUACAAUUGUGAAAACAUAUAUAUCAAAUAAAAAAGAAGGGGUAUAAAUAUAAAAAACAAUGCAUGACGUAAACAUCAAACAAUAUUUUCCAUUGUUUUGAAAGGUCCUGAGGGUACUGUGACAGUAACGACUGUUAGCAGCCUUAAUAAUGGAGACUGGCUAGCAAUAGUAUAUGAUGACCACUGGUGGCUAGCCAAGACCAUUGCUGUGGAUCCUGAGCAUCAAGAUGUGAAAGUGGAGUUUCUGCAUCCCCAUGGUCCAACAGCAAAGUAUCAGCCUAAGCUUCUCACUAAGGAUGUCUGUUUCUGCCCAGUUGAAGACAUCAUGGUGAAACUAAUGGGGAAAUGCAUCACCAGUCCAAUUAAGAACAUGAGAGAUCUACAGAAUAGCCCCUGAUGUGAUGGACUUCAUAGAGCGUGAGCAUGUCCGACACCUGCUGCUCAAGGCAUAGGCACAGGUUAGACAAAAACGAAAACUUAAGGAAGCUAAUUGAACCUGAUUCUAAGCUACAGAUUAUGUGUUGCAGUAUUGUUUUCAAGGAAUGUCAAUUUAAGAUCGCACCCAGUAUGAAGUAGGCAGUGCAGGGCAAUCACACAUCCAAACACACCCACACAUGCCACUUUAAAGUAAAUGACUACUUACAAAGGAGGAAAGGAAGAGGAGAAGAGGUGGAUGAGAAAAAGGAGAGCAGGAAGUGGUGUAGGGGAGGUAGAUGAAAACAGAGGGGGAGGAGGGCCCCUGGUUUCCCUUAUUGUUUUUUUGAUAGUUGGAAACGGUGUAAUUAAUAGUAGUUGGAAACGGUUGCAAUUAAUAGUAGUUGGAAACGGUGUAAUUAAUAGUAGUUGGAAACGGUGUACUUUAUAGUGGUUGGAAACGGUGUAUGUGCAAUAUGUUUAUUAUAGUUUGCUUUACAGUAAGUUCAAUACUCUAAUAACAAGGAGUAGUUUUAGUAGUAGUGUUUAAAGAGAACAUUUGUUCAAUAAUCAGCAAUGCACACACAUUUUUUGUCAACACCGUCAGACCUUCGUCAACAGCGUCAGAUGUAUGUUUUUGUAAAUGU